UUCCUCCCCCAGUUCCUGCUCCUCCUCCUCACAUCCCCGGCUCCUCCUGCCCAGCAGCAAAGGGCAGAACCCUCGGCAGUGGCUCUGCUUCGCGCCGCCACGGAGAGGCUGACACAGCUCAGUAUUCCAGUCCAUCUGAACUCAUUUGAAUCUCCAUUUUGUUCUUAAAUCUACUUGAUAUCACUGGCGGUUUUGAGUUAUCUUCAAACGUGGAGCUGUGAAGUCAGCUGUAACUGAAAAUGUCUGACAGCCUGGAUAAUGAAGAGAAACCCCCAGCUCCUCCCUUGAGGAUGAAUAGCAACAACCGGGAUUCUUCAGCACUCAACCACAGCUCCAAACCACUUCCCAUGGCCCCUGAAGAGAAGAAUAAGAAAGCCAGGCUUCGCUCUAUCUUCCCAGGAGGAGGGGAUAAAACCAAUAAGAAGAAGGAGAAAGAACGCCCAGAGAUCUCUCUUCCUUCAGACUUUGAGCAUACCAUUCAUGUGGGGUUUGAUGCAGUCACCGGGGAAUUCACUGGAAUUCCUGAGCAAUGGGCACGAUUACUGCAAACUUCCAACAUAACAAAACUGGAACAGAAGAAGAACCCACAAGCUGUUCUAGAUGUACUCAAAUUCUAUGAUUCCAAAGAAACAGUCAAUAAUCAGAAAUACAUGAGCUUUACAUCAGGAGAUAAAAGUGCCCAUGGAUACAUAGCAGCGCAUCCUUCGAGUACAAAAACAGCAUCUGAGCCUCCUUUGGCUCCUCCUGUGUCUGAAGAAGAAGAUGAAGAGGAAGAAGAAGAAGAAGAUGACAAUGAGCCCCCACCAGUUAUUGCACCAAGACCAGAGCAUACAAAAUCAAUCUAUACUCGUUCUGUGGUUGAAUCCAUUGCUUCACCAGCAAUACCAAAUAAAGAGGUCACACCACCUUCAGCUGAGAAUGCCAACUCCAGCACCUUGUACAGGAACACAGAUCGGCAAAGGAAAAAAUCCAAGAUGACCGAUGAGGAGAUCUUAGAGAAGCUAAGAAGCAUUGUGAGUGUUGGAGAUCCAAAGAAAAAAUACACAAGAUUUGAAAAAAUUGGCCAAGGGGCAUCAGGGACUGUUUACACAGCGCUGGACAUUGCAACAGGUCAAGAGGUGGCCAUAAAGCAGAUGAACCUCCAACAGCAACCCAAAAAAGAAUUAAUUAUUAAUGAAAUUCUGGUCAUGAGGGAAAAUAAAAACCCCAAUAUUGUUAAUUAUUUAGAUAGCUACUUAGUAGGUGAUGAACUAUGGGUAGUGAUGGAGUACUUGGCUGGUGGUUCUUUGACUGAUGUGGUCACAGAGACCUGUAUGGAUGAAGGUCAGAUAGCAGCUGUCUGCAGAGAGUGCCUCCAAGCUUUGGAUUUCUUACACUCAAACCAAGUGAUCCAUAGAGACAUAAAGAGUGACAAUAUCCUCCUCGGGAUGGAUGGCUCUGUUAAACUGACUGACUUUGGAUUCUGUGCCCAAAUAACUCCUGAGCAAAGUAAACGAAGCACUAUGGUGGGCACCCCCUAUUGGAUGGCACCUGAGGUAGUCACUCGAAAAGCAUAUGGUCCGAAAGUUGAUAUCUGGUCUCUGGGAAUUAUGGCAAUUGAAAUGGUGGAAGGUGAACCCCCUUAUCUUAACGAAAAUCCACUCAGGGCAUUAUAUCUGAUAGCCACUAAUGGAACCCCAGAGCUCCAGAAUCCUGAGAGACUGUCAGCUGUAUUCCGUGACUUUUUAAAUCGCUGUCUUGAGAUGGAUGUGGAUAGGCGAGGAUCUGCCAAGGAACUUUUGCAGCAUCCAUUUUUAAAAUUAGCCAAGCCUCUAUCCAGCCUGACUCCUCUGAUUAUCGCUGCAAAGGAAGCGAUUAAGAACAGCAGCCGCUAGGACUGCAAGCCUUACCCCUCACCAUCUCCCUCAUGAGUUAAGACUGAAAUCAAGCUCUGCUCCAGGAAAGAUGGAAAAAGAGACAGUCAAAUGGGUUUGGGGUUCCUUAACUUUCAAACGAAUAGAAACUUCUUAUAAAGCCUUUUUCCUACUCCCACAGAUUAUGUACUUUAUUUGUAAGCCUGAAUAGCAGCCCCAAAGGGCAGCAAUGUCGAAGUGACCAUCUAGUGGUCACUCUCACCGUGAAGCGAAAGAGCCAGUAGUGAAUCCCCUCAUUUUGUGCAUCCACUUUGAAGAAAAAGGUUUCUCAAAGAUGCACACUCCCUCUUCAUAGUGUUGUGUUUGUUUUUAAGUUAGAGUAGCCCCUCUCGCAUUCGAACCUCCUUCAAAACUCCGUACCCAAUGUGAUGUUUUUCACUUGCAUUGUCAUUAGAUGUCCAGGAAAAAAAUGUCAAAAUGUUUUUUU